AACAUAUUAAUGGAAAACUCUUAUCCAGUAGGACUACUUAAUAAAUUAAUUUUUAGUACUGCUACCUCUCCAGCUUCCAUCACAUUGAUUGACAAUACCAACAAUAAAAAACCACCCACAGUGAAUAUGGCAAGCCAAGAAAGAAACACUACCCCAACAAUCGACACCUUAGUACCAACAACACCACAAACAUUUGGAUAUUUACCUUAUAUUCCAUUCUUAACACCAAAACUUCUCAAAUUAUUUAAAGGACUCGAAAACAUAAAAAUUGCUACCAGAAACGUUAAAACUAUAGCACAUUUAUACACCAAAACUAAAGAUCCACUUACGACUAAGGAAAGUUCAAAAGUUGUGUAUCAAAUACCUUGCUCAGACUGCGAUAAGGUUUAUAUAGGAGAAACAUCUCGGACAUUACACAGCAGAAUAAUUUCCCACAGAAGUGAUAUUAAUACAAAAAAAUCGCAAGCUUGUGCAUUAGCAGAUCACUCAAUUAAUCUAAAUCAUACAUUUAAUUUUUCACAAGCGUCAAUCUUAGAGAGGGUGAAAAAUGAACAGAAAAGGUUAUUUGUAGAAAUGACACACAUCCAGAAAAAUAGAAAAUGUAUAAAUAGAAAGUCAGAUAUAGAAAAAUUAAGUAACAUUUAUUGUUACAUAUUAGCAUAUCAACAAACAUUUGACACAACAUCAUAAUCUGAUUUUCUAUCGUACAUUCCACCAUUAAAAAUUCAUUUUAUGCUGGUAGACACAUUGACUGGACUAAUUUACUUUACAUCAAUCAAAUUAAUAACUGUAAUUAUAAAAAAACUAUUGUUACUGGUUUUGCUUUCCUUCUAAAGAAAUGGUAUACACUUCAUACAUGUUGAACAACGAACCAUGGACACAACAUAAUGUAAUAGAUUGACUAAAAUUAUUUAAAUAUUUUAAUAUGUGUGUGAUUGUCCUUCUAGUAAAGUUUCAACUUUUUCAACCAAUCUCAACGACUAAUGUCUUGAAAAAGAAUUAAAUAUAAUUCGAAAGCUUGACAGUAAGUCAAAGAGUUUUCUUUGUCUUGUGGGCCAAAUAAACUGACUGCAUCCUCAAGAGUCACUACUU